UUCUGAAGUUAGACAUCGUGUUAGAGAUACCUGAAAAGAUAUCGGCGUCUGGUGUGCAUAAGUGCGAAUAGAAAAACUGCUUAAACACAGAAGACGAAGAUGACAAGAUUUCUUGUGGUUGUUUACUUCUUGGUAUUUUUGCCAAGUUCCUGCGUCGCGGGAGUCACGCGUGGGGACGUUGAAGAGGUCCAAUCUUUGGGGCGGACGCAACGUGGAGCGCUGUUGAAGAUUGCAGCAGACGACAAACGGGUUGAGUUACAAAAAUACACCGGCGACGUGGGGAUACCCGACAGUUACAUACUGAAACUGAAAAAUGGAACAGGUAUCGACCAAGCUUCAGAUUUUAUCAAUUCCAUAAAGGAUGAAAUGCCCCCGGAUUUGUUUGACCGGACAGAAAUAGGAGAGCCGGGUGCAGUGGGACAAUUGAGAUAUCUUAUGGUGAAGACUACAGAGGAGGGCAUUGAGUGGUUCAGGCUGCAGACGGAUAUAAUAGACAGCAUUUACCAGGACACGUACGUUUAUUCUGCCGGCUGUACAUGUAAUUGUCACUGCGAGAAUGGUACAGAUCUUGAUGACGGGGCGUGCUGGUCAUACUUUCCGGAAAAUUGGGGCCUUGACAGGAUUGAUCAAGCGAGUACGGCACUGGACGGUAAAUUCAACAUAGAAGGCACAGGAAGUGACGUCGACGUUUACGUGUUCGACACAGGAAUAUACCGGGAGCAUAUCGAGUUUUUGCGCGCGGAUGGUACCAGUCGUGUGACCUUAGGAAACAUAGCUAAUGCUUCAUGGUCAGCUGCUGAUGUUGAUGGACAUGGUACUCACGUGGCGGGACUUAUUGGUGGAAAAACCGUGGGUGUGGCUAAAAACGUCAGUCUCAUUAGUGUGAAGGUAUUAGGGGAUGACGGAUUUGGCUCCGAUUUCGGUAUAAUCGCCAUGCUCUCCUGGGUCCAAGAGCAAGUUCAGGCCACUCAACGUAAGUCUAUCGUUAACUUGUCCCUAGGAGGCGAGAAAAGCGAAAUACUAAACGACGCCGUUAACGCCCUUUUCACGGAUGCCGGAGUUUUAUCUGUAGUCGCAGCUGGCAACGAAAAUGUGUUGAGCAAAUACAUCUCCCCAGCUAGCGCCACGCACGCCUUCACAGUAGGGGCAACGCAGCACAGAGAUAAGAGAGCAACGUUUUCUAAUUAUGGGUCGGAUGUGGAUAUAUGGGCUCCUGGUGAAGACCUGGGGAGUAGCUCUAACGAAGGAGUGUACAGGUACCGACUCAGUUCGGGGACGUCCAUGGCAUGUCCAUUAGUGGCUGGCGCCGCCGCUGUCUACAUGAGUUCUCUCGACUACAACCCAACACCCUCAGAGGUGAAAGACCACCUUAUUUCCACUUCACAGGAUAACGUUGUCACAGGUAUUCCAGAGGAGUUCUGUUCUGAUGGGAUUUGUGAACCCGCAGAAUCUGUGACCAGACUGUUACAGGUAGGCUGCUCCUUUGAAGAAGAGUAGCCCUAAUUGUUGCUUAUAUCAGUGCGCUAUUGACUUUCAAAUUUUAGAAUAUCCAAGUACAUAAAAGAGAAUGUAUCUGGCAUACAAAUGGCAUUUAAUGUUUAACAUAUCAAUUUCAAAUAAUGAUGGGCUUAAUUUUUCCGUAAAAUUGCCUUUUAAACCACCAAAGGUGAGAUAAUACGCACAACAUUGUUAAAGUUCCUCCAAACGUAUCCUCUUGUAUAUAUAAUGUUUUUAUUGCAAACGGGUAGCCAAAUGAUCAGCAACGGCAAGUUACGUUAAGUCCUAUUAUUUUCUUACCCAUUAACGAUAAAGCAACCGUUCAAACGGUUGUAUGUAAAUAAAAGUGUCCAAAUAUUGGUAAAGGUUAACUGGGGGUGGGGGACUAUAGAAAUAGAGUGAGGUAGAAAUUACGUAAAUAAAAAGAAACAACUGAGAUGACUUGUAUGUAUCAAUAAAUGGUGAACCUUUA